AUGAAUCUGGCAGGCCUGUCCGAUGACGAGGUAAAGGCUCUUUUCUCUGGCGCGCCCGUCUUCUCCGUCGAAAAAACCAAAGGUCGUCGCCGGCCCAGCGUCGACUUUCCCUACAACGGCAACCUUGCGGUCCGAGAUGUCAGCGAUUCCCCCCAGCUCUCCCACGAGGCCUUUUCGGCGGCCACCUUGCGGCCGCACCUCCGGACCGUCGAAGCUCAGGACAGCAAGGCGACGCCGCGCGUGGGGUAUGAUAUUGACGUAGUAGAAGUUCCUAGCAUGCUCGGCCUCCAAGCUCACGAACCUGGAUGCGUCGGCUUCGAACAUUUCCUGGAGAUUCCGUAUUCGGAUAACCUGCGGACCGAGGAGAGAGACGAAAUGGAGGCGAGCCGGAAUCGUGAAGUUCUGGAGGAGACGCCGGAGAAGCUGGGCAUCAAGUGGCUGGAUCUACGUUUGAUGUACGAAAGACUGAAAGAGCUUGGGCAGUAUCACCAGACUUACCAGGAAUCGGGAGGAAAGGUUAGCAUUUUGGAUCACCAGCAGCCCGGAGAACUGUACGCGCAUCUUUUCGGCAAGUUUCUUACCCCUCCGAGGUUCGACGGAAGCACGGGAGAUCCUACCGGUUUAAAGGUCCAAAUCGAGACGUUAAUGAGGGUGUUGAGGAUUGAGGGAAUCUGGCGGGACUUUAGCAUUGUGGAGUGGCGGAUACGGUUGGGCAAGUUGCUCUGGGAGCCGAGCACGCCGGAAGAGUCGGAGCAUGAUGCCUAUGGGUUCGAGCAGCCAUACAGCGAACGGGACAUGUUUUUGUUGCAGGUGCUGCUCGCGUCGGAGCUGCUGCUCCGCCUGGACGCCAUCUCCGGACUCAGUAUGGAAGAGGUCACCAACGGGAUCAACCUUACGGCCGCCGAGGUCCGCAACUUUGCCAGCCUUAGGACGAGGAAGACGGACUGGGAUCUCGUGCUGGCCAGGCGAUUCUUGGAGAACAUCGAGGUGCUCGAGGAGACGCCGUCCGUGCCCAUGCCACGGAAGAGGGGGUUCUUUUCUGCCCUGAGCGUCAAUCGUGGUGAAGAGCAUCCCGCCAACCCGGCCGAAACCGAAUUCUGGCUGCGCCCGCGCCAUCAAGAUCGCCAGCUUUCGGGGCUUCUUCAUUUUGCGGAAGCGAUCGGCUGGCCCAAUGUCGAAGAGGUGUCGAGCAGCUUGUCAUCGAAGAUCCAGUCCCAAGCAACGCCGACGCAGACACCAACGCCAAGCCUCUACCGCACACCGCUGGAAUCACCCCUUCCGACGCCGCGGUCCGGGCACCACGCCGGCGGAUACUUUGACGAUACGUUAUGGCGGCCUCAGCUGACUCGAAACAGCACCGGACGGUCCAUUGCGCUCCAGGCUGCCUCGCCUCCCGCGGCCCAGGCUCCUCCGCGACGGCCCGCGCUGCUGCGCAAGGACAGCAGCCAUCCGAGCUCGAACCACAACAACGGUGGCCCGCCCAAUGUUGGUGGCUGGCUGAGCCGCAGCUACCUCACCGGUCUGAUCCUGCCCGGCGAGGCCAUGUCGCACUUGCUCAUCAGCACGCUACUGGAGAACGACAAGCGCGCCAUUGCGGCGCUGGGUAACUUUGCGAACCUGUGCGGCGGAUUUACGUACGGCGGGAAGAGCUGGUGGAGCAAGGGCAGCGUCAUCGGGCGCGUCAUGGCGGCCAUGGAGGAGGCGAAGGAAUGCAUGGGCUGGGUCGGCGUGCCCGUCGUGCCCGAGGGGUGCGAGGCGAUUUGGGUGGACGUGGCCAGCACGGUGCCGAUGCCGACGAAAGCCAGAGCGCGCAUCGAGGCGGGAGAGCGCAUUUCACGCGACUCGAGCUUCACGGCAGGAGGGGGAGGGAAGACGGAGGCGGAGGCGCGCGGGGCCGACUUCAUCAUCCCGCGCGACGACGAGACGAUCCGGCGGCCGGGCGUGCGCUUCAGCCGCUUCGACCUGCACCAGUCGGACCGGCCGUUCUUCCCGCGCGCCGACUCGGACACGGAAGAGGAGUCGGACGCGGGCGCGGGGCCGAGCUACACGGGCGCGCUGACGUUUGAGGUCGAGGAGCAGCUGGAGGACGGCAACACGAUUGGCAUCGUCGAGACGACGCUGCACCUGACGCACGACGUCUUCUUCGUCGCGGCGCACCCGUGCACGCCGCCGCCCGCGACGGCGGCCGCGCUGAAGCUGGCGCCUCCGCCGCGCCUGUCCAAGGACUCGCGCCGCAGCAGCACGGCUGGCACGGGGCCCACGCACAGCAACAGCAACAGCAACAACGGCAGUGGCACAACGCAGAACGGCGCCGCGCCCUCGCCGUCGCCCAGCAGAGUGUCGUCGCGGCGUGCGCCGGCUCAUCCACUGCACGCCGGCGCCCGGUACCGCACUGUGGCUGCGGCGGCACUGGCGGCUGGCGCGGCGGGGAUUGGCAUUGGGAUUGGAGCCGGAGAGAGCGCGAGCCUGUUGACUGCGGAUGAUGAUGGGGACGUUGACGGGGAUGAGGACGAGGAGACCGGUGGCGCGCUGCUGGUCGUGGAUGCGCGCGGCGGCGCCGACCAGGAGGUGCUGGCGCGGGCGUGGUGCGCGCAGCGCGGCGAGCAUGCGGUGGUGGCGCGCGUGGGGCGGGCGUGCUUGGCUUGCGCUGUGAGAGAGGCAAGGGCGCUGGGGGUGAGAGUCGUGGUUAGGGUUGGGUAG